AUGCUUGUGAUGAGAAUAACAAUUGGUAUUUAUUGUCUAUACUUAUGCGAUUUUGUAGAUGGAGUUUUAACAUUGACCGCGGAGAACACUAGCUAUGCCUGUCGAGUUCCAAACUCCCAUAAAUGUGAAAUCUGUCUGCUAUCUUUUCCAAAAGAGUCCCAGUUUCAGCGCCACAUGCGGGACCACGAGCAAAAUGACAAGCCGCAUCGAUGUGACCUGUGCCCCCAAACCUUUAAUGUUGAGUUCAACCUGACACUUCAUAAAUGCACCCACAGUGGGGACGACCCCAGCUGUCCUGUGUGUCACAAGCGGUUCUCCAGAGUGGCUAGUCUCAAAGCGCAUAUCAUGCUCCAUGAGAAGGAAGAGAACCUCAUCUGCUCCGAGUGUGGGGAUGAGUUCGCUCUGCAGAGCCAGCUGGCCGUGCACAUGGAGGGCCACCGCCAGGAGCUGGCCGGGAGCCGGCCACUCACGUGCAAGGCCUGCCGGAAGGAGUGCGAGACACCCCUGCAGCUGAAGGAGCACACGAAGACCCACUACAAAGUCAGGGUGGCGAGUACGAGGUCCUACAACCGAAACAUCGACAGGAGCGGGUUCACCUACUCAUGUCCGCACUGCGGAAAGACGUUCCAGAAGCCAAGCCAGCUGACUCGGCACAUCAGGAUCCACACAGGUGAAAGGCCCUUCAAGUGUAGCGAGUGUGGAAAAGCCUUUAACCAGAAGGGGGCGCUGCAGACCCACAUGAUCAAGCAUACAGGUGAAAAGCCCCACGCCUGUGCCUUUUGUCCCGCGGCCUUUUCUCAGAAGGGGAAUCUCCAGUCCCACGUGCAGAGGGUCCACUCCGAGGUGAAGAAUGGCCCUACGUAUAACUGUACAGAAUGUAGCUGCGUGUUUAAGAGUUUGGGCAGCUUGAACACGCACAUCAGCAAGAUGCACAUGGGCGGCCCACAGACCCCCACAGCCUCCUCCGAGACCGCACAGGUCUUAGCGGCCACGCUCUUCCAGACGUUACCUCUUCAGCAGGCGGAAGCCCAGGUCGCGCCCACCCCGAGCCAGCAGAACGCACAGGCGGUGACCGACGUCAUCCAGCAGCUCCUGGAGCUGUCGGAGCCGGGGCCAGUGGAGGCCAGCCAGGCCCCUCAGCCCGGACACCACCUGAGCAUCACGGUGGGCGUCAGCCCCGACAUCCUGCAGCAAGCCUUAGAAAACAGUGGGCUGUCUUCAAUUCCAGUUGCAGCGCCUCCCAGCGACGCCAGCCCAGCCAGGCCGCCCAGCGCCCAGCUGCAGCCCGCGGACAUGGCCAGCGUGGCCGGGGAGCCGGCGGAGCCUGCCGACGGGGAGCCGGACAAAGAGCAGGACAGCCCCGAGAAGCUGGACAGGAAGGAAAAGAAAGUGCUCAGGAAGAAGUCCCCCUUCCUGCCGGGGUCCAUCCGCGAGGAGAACGGGGUCCGGUGGCACGUGUGUCCCUACUGCACCAAGGAGUUCCGGAAGCCCAGCGACCUGGUCCGCCACAUCCGCAUUCACACCCACGAGAAGCCCUUCAAGUGUCCCCAGUGCUUCCGGGCCUUUGCCGUCAAGAGCACGCUGACUGCCCACAUCAAAACCCACACGGGCAUCAAGGCGUUCAAGUGCCAGCACUGCAUGAAGAGCUUCUCCACCUCGGGGAGCCUCAAGGUGCACAUCCGCCUGCACACAGGUGUCAGACCUUUCGCGUGUCCUCACUGUGACAAAAAGUUCCGGACCUCAGGCCACAGGAAGACUCACGUUGCUUCCCACUUCAGGCACACGGAGCUGCGGAGGCUGCGGCACCAGAGGAAGCCCGCCAAGGCCCGCGCGGGCAAGGGCAGCGCCCCGGUGCCCGACGUGCCUCUGCAGGAGCCCAUCCUCAUCACCGACGUCGGUCUUAUCCAGCCCAUUCCACGGAACCAGUUUCUCCAAAGUUAUUUUAAUAAUAAUUUUGUAAAUGAAGCAGAUAGACCCUACAAGUGUUUCUACUGUCACCGCGCAUAUAAAAAAUCUUGCCACCUUAAGCAGCACAUCAGGUCCCACACCGGGGAGAAGCCUUUCAAGUGCUCGCAGUGCGGCCGCGGCUUCGUCUCGGCGGGCGUGCUCAAGGCCCACGUGCGCACGCACACGGGGCUCAAGUCCUUCAAGUGUCUGGUCUGCAACGGCGCCUUCACCACGGGCGGCAGCCUGCGGCGCCACAUGGGCAUCCACAACGACCUGCGGCCCUACAUGUGCCCCUACUGCCAGAAGACCUUCAAGACCUCCCUCAACUGCAAGAAGCACAUGAAGACCCACCGCUACGAGCUCGCGCAGCAGCUGCAGCAGCACCAGCAGGCCGCCUCCCUGGACGACAGCGCCGUGGACCAGCAGAGCCUGCAGGUGGAGAUGGAGAGCGGCGAGCUGCCGGCGCCCCCGCCGCCCGCCGCCGCCCAGCCCGACGGCCUGCUGGCGCUGGACUCGCAGCACGUCGUGGCCGCGGGAGAGCCGGGCCUGGCCCCGCAGCUGGCGGGGACGCCGCUGGAGGGGGACGAAGAUCGCUUCGUGAGUCCUCAGCACAGCCUGCCGGGGCCGGCCGGCCAGUUCGAGGAGCAGGCGCCAGCGCAGUCCUUCGCCCCGGCCGCCUUGUCCCAAGGUUUCCCGGUGGCCGACGCCUACGGUCAGCCGGCCGCGUUCCCGGCGGUCCAGCAGCUGCAGGACUCGAGCACGCUGGAGUCCCAGGCCCUGUCCGCCAGCUUCCACCAGCAGAACCUACUUCCGGUCCCCAGCGCUGACGCCAUGAACGCGACGCCUCACCUGAUCCAGGAGUCCUCCCAGGAGGAGUUGGACUUGCAGGCCCCGCGCACCCACUUCCUGGAGGCCAGUGAGGACCAGAGUCGGCGCUCGUACAGGUGCGACUACUGCAGCAAGGGCUUCAAGAAGUCCAGCCACCUGAAGCAGCACGUGCGCUCGCACACCGGGGAGAAGCCCUACAAGUGCAAGCUCUGCGGCCGCGGCUUCGUCUCCUCCGGCGUCCUCAAGUCCCACGAGAAGACACACACGGGCGUCAAGGCGUUCAGCUGCAGCGUCUGUGACGCGUCCUUCACCACCAACGGCAGCCUCACGCGGCACAUGGCCACGCACAUGAGCCUGAAGCCCUACAAGUGCCCCUUCUGCGAGCAGGGCUUCCGCACCACCGUCCACUGCAAGAAGCACAUGAAGCGGCACCAGGCCACCCCUGCGGCAACGGCGGCCACGGGAGAGGCCGAAUCAGGAGACAUGUGCCUGGAGGAGGAAGAGGAGAGCUCGGACAGAGGCGCUCUGCGGAAGGCGCGGCCCGAGGUCAUCACGUUCACGGAGGAGGAGACGGCGCAGCUGGCCAGGAUCCGGCCGCAGGAGAGCGCCACGGUGUCCGAGCAGGUGCUCGUGCAGUCGGCCGCCGAGAAGGACCGCAUCAGCGAGAUGAAGGACAGGCAGGCGGAGCUGGAGGCCGAGCCCAAGUACGCCAACUGCUGCUCGUACUGCCCCAAGAGCUUCAAGAAACCCAGCGACCUCGUCAGGCACGUCCGGAUCCACACCGGGGAGAAGCCGUACAAAUGUGACGAGUGCGGGAAGAGCUUCACGGUCAAGUCCACGCUGGAUUGCCACGUGAAGACGCACACAGGUCAGAAGCUGUUCAGCUGCCACGUGUGCUCCAACGCCUUCUCCACCAAGGGCAGCCUGAAGGUGCACAUGCGGCUGCACACGGGCGCCAAGCCCUUCAAGUGCCCGCACUGCGAGCUGCGCUUCCGCACGUCUGGCCGCCGCAAGACCCACAUGCAGCUGCACUACAAGGGGGACCCCAAGAAGGCCCGCAAGCCCGUGGCCCGGGGCUCCCCCGAGGGGCUGCCGCCCGGGAGCCUCCUCAGCCCCUCCCCCGCCGACUCCAGCGUCCUCAUCAUGAACAACUCGGUCCUCACGGGGCAGCUGGACCAGAGUCUGCUCCAGCCGGGGCUGGUGGGCCAGGCCAUCCUCCCCGCGUCCAUGUCGGCCAGCGGCGACUGGACUGUGUCCCUCACGGACGGCAGCCUGGCCACCCUGGAGGGCAUCCAGCUGCAGCUGGCCGCCAACCUGGUGGGGCCCAACGUCCAGAUCUCCGGGAUCGACGCCUCCAGCAUCAAUAACAUCACGUUACAGAUUGACCCGAGUAUUCUGCAGCAGACGCUCCAGCAGAGCAACUUGCUGGCCCAGCAGCUGUCCGGGGAGUCCAGCGCGGCGCCCCCCAGUGGCAGCUCCCUGCAGACCCCGGACAGCACGGUCCCGGCCAGCGUGGUCCUGCAGCCCAUCUCAGGCCUGUCCCUCCAGCCCACCGUCACGGCCGCCAACCUGACCAUCGGGCCACUGUCCGAGCAGGACUGUGUGCUGGCCGCCGGCAGCACCGGAGCCCAAGACCUGUCUCAGGUGAUGACCUCACAGGGCCUGGUGUCCACCUCCGGCGGCCCCCACGAGAUCACCCUGACCAUCAAUAACUCCAGCUUGAGCCAGGUGCUGGCGCAGGCUGCCGGGCCCCCCGCCGUGUCCUCCUCGGGCUCUCCUCAGGAAAUCACCCUGACCAUCUCUGAGCUGAACGCUGCCGCCGGGAGCCUCCCACCAGCCACCCCGCUGUCCCCGUCGGCCGUGCCCGCGCCGAGCCUGCUCAUGUCCUCGGGUGUGGGCGGAGACGCCAGCCUCACGCUGACCCUGGCCGACACUCAGGGCCUGCUCUCCGGCGCGCUGGACACGGUCACGCUCAACCUUGCCUCUCAGGGCCAGCAGCUCCCCGCCUUACUCACGGACCCCGCACUCUCUGGCCACGGCGCCGCGGGCUCCUCGCAGGUCAUCCUGGUGAGCCACACCUCGCAGCCGUCGUCUGCCACGUGCGAGGAGAUUGCCUACCAGGUCGCCGACGUGGCCACCAGCCUGGGCCCGGGCGGGCCCGCCGAGAAGGAGGGCCGGCUGCAACCGUGCACCGAGUGCGGGCGCAGCUUCCCGUCGGCUGCACUGCUCCUGCAGCACAGCCGGGAGGCGCACGGGCGGGAGCGCAUCCACGUCUGCGCGCUCUGCAGGAAGGCCUUCAAGCGCGCCACGCACCUCAAGGAGCACAUGCAGACGCACCAGGCGGGCCCCUCCCUCAGCUCACAGAAGCCACGCGUGUUCAAGUGUGACACGUGCGAGAAGGCGUUCGCCAAGCCCAGCCAGCUGGAGCGCCACAGCCGCAUCCACACAGGCGAGCGGCCGUUCCACUGCGCGCUGUGCGAGAAGGCCUUCAACCAGAAGAGCGCGCUGCAGGUGCACAUGAAGAAGCACACGGGGGAGCGGCCCUACAAGUGCGCGUACUGCGCCAUGGGCUUCACGCAGAAGAGCAACAUGAAGCUGCACAUGCGGCGCGCGCACAGCUACGCGGGCCCCUUGCAGGCGGCUGCCGGCCCGCAGGAGCAGACCGGGGAGGAGCUGAGCCGGACCCUCCACCUGGAGGAGGUGGUGCAGGAGUCGGCCAGCGAGUGGCAGGCGCUGACCGACGUGUUCUGACGCCGCCGGACCCCACCCUGACGCUGCAGCUGCUGGGCGUGGAGAGCGAGGCCCGUGGAGCCCCCCGCCCCCCGAAGCUUCAGGUGUUGAGAACGUUCCCGCGGCAACGUUUUAGCUCUCCGUUACCUAAGGAAUCAUUGUCUUUCAGAGACUGCAGGGAAGAAACUGGGGAAAUGUGAACACGUGGUUGUCGCUUGUCCACAAAUCACUGAACUCAGGUACUCCCACGGGCGGCGCUGCUGCCUGCGUCCUCCACGGCCAGUUGACUGGACCCUGCUAUCGUGUCGUGUGAUUUCCUUGUCUCAGCAAAGAGGGAAGCCGACGUGGGAAGGCCCCGCGUUUCCUUCGUGCUUCCCGUUCUGAGAAGCAGAGCUCGCGAGACCCGCUGGGGACGGUGCCCGGGG